GUAUCUGUUUUUUGAUCUUCCUGAGAUACCUGAAUCAGAGGCUGAUGUUCAGGAUACUAAUAGUGAAUUUACACCCAGAGAGAGGAGGAUCUUGUUGCAAAAAAUAUUUGUUCAGGUCGCUAAAUUUGACUACUUCCGUUUCCUAAGUCCCAUCUACAGCGCCCUCUAUAACGUCUGGAACCGAACCAACAAGCAAAGACAAGCCGCCAUAUUUGUCAUUGUUGCGUCGUUUUUUCCCACGUGCAGUCGUUAAUAUUUUAAGAAGUUAGUAAUUUAAAAUGUUAUAAGCAACUUUCGAGAUUUGAAGUAGAAAGUUUGUUUCAAACAAGUGUUAUGAUUAUCUUCCGUUUCGUGAAACCUCCAAGGCUCUACAAUGAGUGACGAGGUUAUCGCGCCUUUCAAAGUAAAAUUUAAGUGAGGAUAGUUCUUCGAUUUCUUCGGAUAUUUCUUCGGGUUCGUCGGAAAAUAAAGACUAGGGACCAGCAAGAAAACUUCGAAAAAGUGACUGGUCGCGAGAUCUGAAUAAAAGGUUUGACUUACUGUCGCAAUAAUGGGUGAGUCAUGUGAAUAAUAUUUUAACUUCGAAUCAUGCUAUUGCUGGUCGUGCACCAGUGGUCCCGCCUUUACACUUGCAAAUACCAACAUCUUAUAAUAAUAAUGUCUGAUCUGGUUUCAACUUCCAAUCGAAAUUAGACAACGACGAAUAGUUUUUACGUCUGCCACCAGACCGUCCGUUACCAGAAGCGGGUAGGUUUUGAAAUUUGAGCAUUUCUAUAAAAGAACCAGAUAUGCAAAGAUUUGACUAGCCGACUUGGAACGCGGUGCAGUAUUCGGAGGUUCAAAAAAAAAAAAAAAUGUUUUCCUGCGUUAUCUAAUGCUUUUUUGGCACAGAACGAAUGCGUUAUGCUGCCAUACAAAACCUUGCCGACGGGUCAAAUUCAGAGAAUGUUCAGCUUAAUACUUCCGCCUUUUACGAAAAGUUUAAACCGCUAUUCGGUAACGAUUUCGCCUAUAAAAGUUUCUAACGAUAUCCUUCAAAUAAUUUUCGGUAAGCGAGCCGAGGUUAUACGAUAGCGUCGUAGAUACCUCAUAAAGAAAUUAAAGGAUAGAUAUGUCAGGGAAGAUAUAGAGAAAAUAUCUUCUUCUUGUGAUUAUAUGUUUAACCCCAACUUAUUAUUGGCAUAUAUACAGAAAAUUGGUGGUAUUGAUAAAUUACAAAAGCGGCACCGUCUGCUACUCGCAUCCGGCCCGCAUCGCCGGAACCCUCGGCUUGUACUGCCAAUGCAAAGCCAUGUCGAGGUAGGCCACAUUCCAAUACAUCUAAAGAGGCCGAAAACAGAUAUUCUGAGCGAUGCUGUCUAAAUAAUUCCUCAGCAAGAAAAACGGGGGGAGGGGGGAACAAGUACAAAGUGGAACGAAAAUCAGGAAAUAAAAAUAAAUUACUCAACAGUAUUUUCAGGCGGAUGUUUAAGACUCUAUCGAAACACCUGGACUCGAUCCACCAAACGUAAUAUUGAAAUUAAUAAUAACUUGAUGUCAAUCAAAAUCCAAAAUUUAAUUCAAUAGAGCUUUAGAACCCGCACCCCCGACACCGUCUUUCAGAUUUCCUCUUUUCAUACUUCCCAAGACCAAUAAAAAAUCGAACAAUUUUCAACCUCAAGGCAUUGAACAAGUACAUGAAACAGUCUUUUUCACCUUUUCCACCAUCGAGUUCCUAAGUUUUAUAACAGAUUGGAAUGUCAAACUGGAUUUGAGCCAGGCCUAUUAUCAUCUAUCAAUGACGUUUCUCGGGAUCAGUUAUCAGGGUCGUCUACUUCAGAUGAUAUGUCUGCCAUUCGGCUUAGCUGCACCACCGCGGAUUUUUGCUUCAGUGACAAACUAAAUAGCCGAAAUACUUCGCCAGAAGGGUCUGCGACUAGUGGUUAUGUGCUUGUACACCAGGGCAGAACAUCUCCCGCCAUCGGAGCAAAGCUUAUCCAUAUUAUCUGGAACCACUGCGUUCAUUGACAGUGCGUUUCCAGAGGUCUUUUUUGCCACGUACCAGCUGGCUAUGGAAUGAGCUCCCUCCACGGUGUUUCCCGAGCGCUAUGACAUGUCCUUCUUCAAACGAGGCUUGUGGAUAGAAUUAAGCAGUAGGCAGCGGCUUAGCUCUGCCCCUGGCGUUGCUGAAGUCCAUCGGCGACUGUAACUAUUCACCUUCAGGUGGGCCGUAUGCUCGUCUGCCUACAAGAGCAAAAGACUUGUUGAAAUCUCAAGUAACUAUACUGAGACCUUAGAACUCAUACCUCAAGGUGGGUGGCGGCAUUUACGCUGUAGAUGUCUAUGGCCUCCAGUAACCACUUAACACCAGGUAAGCUGUAAACUCGUCCACCCAUCUAAGUAACCGGUUAUGACACUGACGAGCUUGAUAGACUUUCUGGGAAUCUUAUGGGACACCAAAUCCAAGACAAAGUCCCUGCCCAAGAAUUUGCUCGUGCGACUUACUGCCGGCGGUUGGAACCUAAAGCAGGCGCAAAGCCUCUUAGGAUAUCUCAACUUUGCGACUUUCAUCACCCAACGGGGAAAGUUGCUUUGCUGAGUCCUUGCAGUACCACAGCAACAAGCUCAGGAGGUAUCCUCAUUUACCAAAGCAGUAUUCGGACGAGGUACGUACAGAGCUGGAUUGGUGGUUAGAGAAAGUCAGUCAGAGCACACCAAUUCAUCCACAGAGAAUGGCCACGAACCACGUCAUCACCGACGCGUCGGACAUUCAGUGGGGAGCCCUUGUAAACAACAGAACAGAAUUUUCCUACAUAAAGAACGAGGGAGGAACCCGGUCACGAUAAUUGCUAGAUCUGACUGGAAAAUUGCUUAACUUAAUAGACCACCUCAAAGUUGUACUUCUCCCUCACCACCUACCGGGACUGUACAACACUGAAGCCGAUCACCUCUUACGCAAUCGCGGCGGCUUGGAGUGGUAUCUCGCAGAAAAAGCAACUACUAGGCUAUUCAGCCUGUGGGGAACUUGUUCGCGUCUCGGACCGCUCAUGGAUAAAAAAAAAAAAAAAAAAAAAAAACUAUGUUUACCUCUUGUGAGUCCGCGCGAGUAGGUAUUUUGCCCUGAAGCAGUGGUGCGUCUCGGUUUGAAAGGUGGGGCAGCCGUUGUAACUAUACUUGAGACCUUAGAUCUUAUAUCUCAAGGUGGGUGGCGCAUUUACGUUCUAGACGUCUAUGGGCUCCAGUGACCACUUAAUACCAGGUGAGCUGUGAGCUCGUCCACCCAUCAAAGCAAAACUCGAACGCCUGCCUCUACAACGCGUUCAGCAGAUCUUGGCAUUACUGACUAGCAUGGCCGUUUCCGCCGCUCAGUCUGAUAUCCAGAGUGCUGGACCACCUCAACUCAACCUCAGGUCGGUACAUACUAGUGGUACCCAAGUGCAAGAAGCCCCUGUGGAGGCCAGACCUGAAAUCACCUGCUCUCAAGCGACUCGAGAAGCUCAGAGAUCUGAACAUCACUGGUGGACACUGACAAUGCUACCGCCAGGCUGUCAGCAAUCUACACCUGGAAGCUUGGUUCAUUUUGGGUGGGACACGCUGACAGGGACAUGGACAUCGGCAGGAGAGAGUCUACGAUAAGAACAUACGCCCCUAUUUGGAAUAAGGGGUAAGGUUUUGUCAAGAAAAUGUAUUAAUUCUCGUGUACCCGAAUUGGAAAAUGUAGCUAGAUUUCUCUGUUAUCUGUAUUUAUCUCAUGGUCUCUCCUACCGGACCAUUCUAGUUUAUAAGUCUGUUAUAUAGCGUCCGUUUGUGAAACUCUAUCGGAUAUAAAAAAUAGCUUCGAGCCCGACAUUGAAACAUACUGAAAUCUAUUUCCUUGACAAAGCCUGCACCUUCUAAAUUACUGAUAUUUGGGUCGAAAACUAAUUGAUCUUCACACCAACAGUCCAGUUGGACAUUCGUGGCUGCUCCUGACCAAUUGAUCAUCGAUGCAGUAUACUGGCUACGCAAUCUAGUGAAUAUGACACAGCAAACCAGUGGGAAUAUUUAAUCUAUUCUUAGCAACUAAAGGCUCCACUAAGCCAGCUACUGCAGCGAGGAUUAGUAGUUGGGUAAAAAGUCUUUUUAGGAGACUCAGGUAUUCAGGCCUCAGUUGGAAGCUGUAGAGCGGUGGUGAAAACUUUAAACUGGGUAGGAGAUUACCAAAUUAAUGAUAUUUCAGCUAAAGAUAACUGACAACAUGAGCAUACUUUUAGAAAGUUCUAUCAAAAACUUAUUAUUAAUGCAUCAAACACUGAUAUAAAUUCUGAGAAAUCUUUCUCAGUAUUUUCGUCCUAAAUCUUAUUAGGUCGAUUUGAAUUAAGUGGGUAAUAUUAUACGGUUACCUUCAAUUAAUUUAAAUUACGUGCUUAAUUUAAGCUUUGCUUAAUUAAACACAAUAAGUCACAUUGUUGCUUUUUAAUAAAGAUUAUUUUAUUUCAAAUACAAGCCACCAGGAGAUAACAAACAGUCUCUCAUAAUGGACUUCGGACGUCAAACGGAACACAUAAUAUAGAAAUUUUACCUUCCAAUAAAAUUUGUAUUAUGUUUCCUAAGACGUCCGAAGUCCAGAUAAUGUCUUCCUGGGGCUACAUCCAUCAUUAUGAGCCGAACAAUGACAAAUAUGGCGGCUUGUCUUUGCUUGUUGGUUCGGUUCCAGACGUUAUAGAGGGCGCUGUAGAUGGGACUUAGGAAACGGAAGUAGUCAAAUUUAGCGACCUGCAGUGGAAAUCAUACGAUGUACUCUCUCAUAAUGGACUUCGGACGUCUUAGGAAACAUAAUACAAAUUUUAUUGGAAGGUACUUGUAAGAUUAUGCAGCCAUCCUUUCCCAUGUGAAGAAUUAGCGAGAAAGGAUGAUCUCACCCUCUUAUUCUCCGCUAUAACAUCAUGGUGUGCCCCUCAUAAUAUAAUGUGGAGAAAGUCAGCAGCUGAAGUGUUAAUGACGCUUUCUCGACAUGGUCUAACACAAUCUGUUGUUCAGUACAUUCAUAAUAAAGGUUGUGUUGCAUUAUGCAUUGAAAAUAUGCAAAGGAUACCAGAACUGACACCUCUAGAGGUUGUUGAAAUGUUUGUGGCUGUAUUUUGUUUCCUGAAAGACUCUAGUGAAGUUAGUCAAUUACUGUUAGAUGAUUUUAGAUCAUGUCAAGGAUAUUUAUUUCUCUCAGAAUUCCUUUUAAAACAUGAAACUCAAGAUGUACCUGAUUAUUUAACUUCAGGGCUGGAAGAGGAACGCGUCAGCGGUUCAGAAGCUCGUGCUGCUUUACGAAAUCUAGUAUUGAUGAUAUCGUCGCUAUGCGCCUGCGGAUUUUCAGAACUUCGACCGACCCGAGCAAAUACUGAACUAUUCCAAUUACAAGGAUUCGUUUUACCGCAGCCCUCUACACCCGGGCAGGCUGUAAGAAAUGUGCAGGCUUUUCAGGUUUUGCAAUCAGUUUUCAUGAAGUCUAACUCUCCUGCAUUGUGUUGCACUAUAUUGGAUGCUAUAUCAAGUGUUUAUCAUGCUGACAAUGCUAAUUAUUUUAUAUUGGAAAAUCAAAACACCCUUAGUCAGUUUUCAGAAAGAAUUUAUACAAAAAAUGCAGAAAUCCAAGAGAAAUUUUUCGAAUUGUUAGAAUUCAUAGUGUUUCAACUAAACUUUGUUCCCUGUAAAGAACUUAUAUCACUCUCACUUUUGUUGAAAGCCAAUAGAUCAAGAAGUUGCAGUAUUUUGUGUAUAAAGACUCUUCUUAACAUUUUAAAACAUAAUACAAUCUUCAAAGAUGUUUAUCGUGAGGUGGGAAUGUUAGAAGUAUUUGUAACCUGUCUAUCGCGAUAUGCAGCAUAUUUAAAAGAUAAACAACUUGAAGAAGAAAGUAAAAAGAAAGAUUCUGAAGCAAUACAACAAGAUAAUGAAUUGAAUGAAUCUCCUAAAGCUCCUGAAAGAAAGAAAAAAGCCACCAGAACGGACUCAUUGAUCCGAGAUCCUAAUAUAGACAGUGAAGAGGAAGACUUAGGCUCAUUAUUAAUGGAAGGCUUGACUGCAUUAUUGAAUGCUAAUUCUAGUAAUUGUAACGUUUUUAGGGAUUGUGGAGGUGCAAAAUGUGUGCAUGGUAUGGUUGUCUAUGAGUCUUGUCGUAGUAAAGCCUUAGGUGUCAUUAGAGAAUUAAUAGUGAGUGGGUCCGGUGAGGAAGAUAUGUCUACGUUGCUUUGUGGCAUGCAUGCUGCACCUUCGGAUGCUUUACAUCUCAAACUCCACAUCUUGAAGGCUUUGCUAGCUUGUCUAAGAGAUUCUCAUCGCACUAGGACUAUAUUUAGAAAGGUCAGUGGAUUUGUUUAUGUCACAAGUGUCCUGGUGUCGCUCGAAGGCAAGUUAAAAGGAAACGAGAUCAUGGAUCAAGAUAUGCUUCAGUUGAUUCAUAUAGUAUUUUACACCAUUUCUACUGCCAUGAGAUUCGAACCAGCCAAUGCGAAAUUUUUUCAUCACGAGAUUUGUAUGACUACACUCAGCGAGACCAUUCGUAUGUUAGGCUGUUUUACUGAAGACGUAGAGUUACAAUAUGACACUGAACCCGGAGAUCCGGACCUGUAUGAAGUAUUUCAUGAAUUGUUCACCGGAAACAUAUUAGAAAUGACAUUUCCCGCAUCUGUGCCUGCAGUAUUUUCGAAUGCGUGCGUGGUUUUACGGUUACUUUACGAUGUAGCGUUGGAUUCAUUCGACAAACCGACUUUCUGUGGAUCUCUCAAUGUUAAAUCACCUAGUUUAACGCGACAGAGCUCUGCAAUCAACGAAAAUAAACCAACAGGACGCACGGCGCCCUUAAACUUUUCCACGGGUUCAAAUAAUGGGGAAGCGUGGAUCAUACAUUCCGGUGUUGUAAUAGUAUUGGCCAAGCUUCUUCCCGCAUUGCCGCGUCCCGCAGAACAUGAAACUCAUGCUAGGGCCAUGAGGGACUAUCUCGCGCAUGUACUCAAAAGUCUCGUUAGGAGCGAGCGCAACCAGCAAGUGAUGUGCGUGGCCGGGCUGGCGGGCACGGUGCUGCGGGUGUGCGGCGCCGCGCUGCGUUGCGAGCGACACGCGCUGCACUCGCCCGCCAUGUACAUGCUCGAACGACUCGCCGCGCAUUCCUUACGACCUAUUGAACUCAGAGAAUUUUUAAGAAUGGGUAAUCCACUAAACUGUGUUGCCCCCGAGCAGGGACAAGUUUGCAAACCAGGUGGACCUGUUCCAUUGACGAGAAUAAAAACGUUGGUUUCCAUGACAACACCGAGGGAUUACCGGUCUCAAAAUUCAUGUACGCUGCCACCUUUCGUGGAGUUUGAUAUGUCGGCUGAGGGUUUCGGUUGUUUGUACAUGCCCAGUAUCGCGCCUCAGUCUGCUAAUUUGAACGCUAUCGGAACGCAAGAUACGGCCACGCUGGGUGGUAUAGGUUCAGGUGACAGAGUAUUUCCCCCGCAAACGGGUUUGAGUUACUCAACGUGGAUAUGCGUCGAGAAAUACUCCGACCCCCGCUCCGAUCCGCACUGCGUUCGUUUGCUGACUUUAGUACGGAACAUCAACAACACGCGCGACGAACACCUCGUGUGCCUCACCGUGGUACUGUCGGCCAGGGAUAAGGCCAUCAUUGUAUCCACGCAAGAGACCUUAGUGCCGCACAAUGUAGGAGAAUGGGAGCCGGAGGGUUCGGGUGAGUGCGGCGCCCGCGUGUGGUGCCCCGACCUGCAACACGAAGGACAGUGGCAUCACCUCGCGCUCGUGCUUAAUCGUGCUGUCCUCAAGAAUUCCUCUUUUUCCCUUUACUUGGAUGGUCAGCACAUGCACUCCGGGAAGCUGCACUACGUGAGCGCGAACCCCGGGGGCGGCGCCGCCACGCUGUCGGGCGCGUCCAGCGUGUACUGCGUGCUCGGGACGCCCCCGCAGUGGCGGCGCUACUCGCGGCUGCUGUGGCGACAGGGCCCGGCGCUGCUGCUCGAAGACGUACUCACAGCACAGACAGUGUCGGUUAUAUACCAACUGGGUCCCCAUUACGUGGGCACACUGCAAGCUCCACUGCCGCCGGGACAAAACCAAGAACCUCUGACGCCUCUAGUCGCAGAAGAAAAAGUUAUUUUCGGAAUUAAUGCACGAGCGAUGUCUCAAUUGACCCUCGCGAAGAUAAGGAAAGUGUACAGUAAAAACGACAACAAGGCCAUCGCAAAGCAACUGGGCAUGUCGUCGCACGAAAACGCAACCCCGAUACGGAUACUCCACAACUCCGCGGGACACCUGAUGGGACCCGCCAGAUGCUUGGGCGGCACCGUGGUGGGCUAUUUGGGAGUCAGAGUAUUCUGUUCGAAGCCAGCCGCGAUUAUGAUUGACACGGUGGGCGGUUGUUCAGUGCUGUUGGGCUUGAUCGCGAUGGCACAAGACGUGGAAUGUUUGUACGCCGGCGUUAAAGCGCUAGUGUGCGUCGUUCGAUCGAACAAAUCGGCUCAAGCCGAAAUGGACCGGCGGAAGGGAUACCAAACCUUAGCUAUGUUAUUGAAGAGGAAAAAGCAGCUAUUGAAUUCUCAUAUACUCCACCUUGUAUUUGGACUGGUCGGAACUGUGGACAGCCAGAAGGAAACAUCGUCUAUUCCUAAUUUGACAGCUUUUCAAGAUCUCAUCUGCGAGCUAGAGGUGUGGCUCGGCGCCCCCGGUGGCCUGAUUAAAUCGUUACUGGAGCAUUUAUUAGAACUGGCCACUGAAACGGCUCACAGAACGCACAAUUUACGCACAAUGAGAGAGCUCCAAUUGGUUUCCAAACUUUUAUACAUAAUUAAUGACGUAAAAGUCGUCAGCACAAAGAACGUUCUAAUACAAUUGUUAGCUGCUUUAUUAGGGGGGCAGCCCAGACCGAGCGAUCUGUUAUGCUUGGGACAAUUCAUGGCAUACACUCUACCGCUACCCUCGCAGACUGAAAAGGGAUUGAAUCCAGUUGAAAGCGACUGCGAGAAAGACUCAGAGGGAGAACAAAUUAUUUUACGUAAUAAAUGCUUCAACGUGCUGCACGGCUUAUUAUUCACGGCGAGGAAUCUAGUGAAUACGAUAGUUUGCGAGGAAAUAUCACGAGUCUUGGGCAUGGAUUGGUUGUUGAGUUUUAUGCAGGAGAACGUUCAUCCGACAACGGUGCUUUGGGCCCUCAGAAUUUUAGUAAUACUUUGUUCGGGACAAGGACACCAAUCUGCAAUUAUGCAAAGGUUCCGCGAAGGAGUGGGUAAUGGUGGCUGGUUGCGUCACACAGAGAUGAUAGCGAGCUCGCAGCAAGCAGGCGUGGUGCUCACGGCCGCCGUCCACUCGCAGUCUCAUCUACACGCGUCCUUGCUCCACACCUCGGGAUUCACUUUACUCGCAUGGUUGAUCCUGUCGCACCUGCACAUACCGGAGCUGUACUACCUGCUGUUCGGGCUGACGCUGGGGCAGCCGAUGCGCGCGGCGUGCUCGGAGCGCGCGGUGUCGGUGGAGCGCGUGUGGGCGGCGGCGUGGGGCGCGGUGGCGCCCGCCCGGCAGUCGUCGGCCGCGCUGGCCGCCCGCAUCACGCUGUGCCCCGAGGCCAUCGUCAUCCUGCUGGGGGCGGUGCGCGCGCUCGUGCACGCCGACCAGCCCGCUCUGCCCGACUGGCUCGUCGACCAUCCAGUGCCCAUCCUGCAGGUGUUGUUUUCCCUCUAUAACACAUUGCCAGACUUCGUGCCUAUAAUGAUGUCAGCUGAAGUCCUUACUGCAUUGGCUUCAACGCUGUUCCCUCUUAACUCAUCCGAUGACAUUCAUAUGCCGAUAUGCGAGAGCGGGGAAAGUUCGGGCGCAUCGACCCCCGGCUCGGAGAAGGAGGUGGUGAUAGCGGGCGCGUCGGCCGCGCUCACACAGCACGCGGUGCGACAGAGCGUCAUGGACUUCCUGCGGGUCAUAGUAUUGGACUCUCUGUCGCUCAACGUCACGGGGAAGACGGCGCCGAACGCGGAAAGCGCUGACACAGUGCCCUCUUCAAUGUUUUGUACGCCAUGUAGCUCCGGCCCGGCGAGAUCUUACUUUCAUAGCGUUAUUGACCUUGUCUUAGAUGCGUCUCCACCGAAUUCUACAAGUCAGCAACAAAUUGAAUAUCAGACUGAAGUGUUGACUACUCUGAUGGAAAACUUGUUGAAUACCGAACUGUUUAGUUCAGAAUCUAACAUAUCGAAUGUUUGCUAUUUGGCCGCCCGGCUCGUCGAUAAGUUAUGGCAGGGACAAUUGUCGAGGGACCCUCACGAGGUAUUCGAUUUUAUUGUGAAACUGGUAACGCAAGCAAAAAAGAAAUCUUCUCUUGUAUCACUGGAAGGGCUCCAUCAUUGUUUGAACAGAACAAUACUUUUCUUACUGUCGCGUUCUACUGAUUCUAUAGCCGAUCAGAUGUCCGUAUUGGAGGCUUUACAUAAGCUAACGACGAACAGAUUGUUAAUAUUUGGGGCGGGAAAUCAUGAGUUGGAGUUUAUCGGUUGCCUGACGUAUUGCCUGCUGCAGUUGAGUGCUAACAUGAAGAUCGCUUUAGAUUCGCACAUGCGCACCACUUGGCACGUUAACCCCAGCGGAGAUCUAGAAUCUAGGGAUGAUAAGUUGACAACUCAUCAAGGACGUAAUCUCAUGGCGGGUGCGGCUCGUAGAGUGUGGGAGGAGUUAUACGUGUGCAAGAAACCUGCUAUAGAAGAAGUCUUCAAAAUAACAUUAGUGUUGCCAGUCGGUAACGCGCACGCUCCCGACCUCACCACGGUCAGGGAACAGCUCAAUGAAAGCGCUCACAAGCUGUGGAUCAACUACAUCGACACCGAAAGAAAAGCCGUAUACAGAGUACCGUGGGAAUUGCACAAUCAGAUCCAGUCCAAGAUACAAAAAGUGACCGGCGGUUUGACCCGGCUUGCGUCCCGUACGAAGGUCAAAAAGGAGGAUUCAGCUAAACAACGUCCCACCCCGCCCAGAGACCACGCGCUCGCUUACAUGCAGGACCAUGUGCAGUUGGUCAGACAGGCGUGGUGCAAGGAGCGUGCGAGCGCGGCCAACACGCGCGCGCACACGACGCGCUACGUGCAGGCGGAGUGGGCGGGCGCGUGGCGGGAGCUCACCCGCGAGCGCGCGCUGUGGGGCCCGCCGCGACCCGCGCCGCUCGACAAGUGGGCGCUCGACUGCACCGAGGGACCCUGCCGCAUGCGCAAGAUGCUGCGCCGGAACCAUCUCUUCUACGCGCACUACCCCUACAGGGCCGACCUCGACAACCCAGAUAACAAACAAUUAAAGUACAAAGUCGCCCAAAGCUUAGACAGCAAGGAAUAUUACCGCGUGUAUCAGCAAUGGCGGACGGCCGGCGCUAUAUUGGACGAGGACGACAGCGUCGAGACACCCGAAAUUAACAACUUCGAAGAGCCCGUAGCCAACACGAGUCAAACAAACUCAGUGGAUGUGGUGGCGAAUGAGGACGGGUCGCCUUCCGAUUUAGUCAGCAGCGGCGUUGUUAGUCGGGGCACGAACCAAGCCUCUGGAGAAGCAAACGAAGAUGGCCUAGAUAAUGAAGACGAAGAUGAACAACCAACACCUCCUCCGGAUAAUCAGACUCUUCUUAGGCUGUUGGAACACCACGAAAAGAUUUCACAUAUGUUCCGCUGCGCAAGAAUUCAAGGCUUAGACACGACUGAAGGACUUCUGCUGUUCGGACGUGAGCAUUGUUACGUCAUCGAUGGGUUUACGUUGUUGAAAAAUCGAGAAAUACGCGACUUGGACAGCUGUCCCGACGAUUACGAACCUAUACUUCCCAGCCAAGGGAUACAGCGGAGCAACCAACGACAGUGCUCUAAAUUUUUAUAUGAAGACAUUAGGGAAGUGCACAAAAGAAGAUAUUUAUUACAACCGAUAGCUCUAGAAGUUUUUUCCAGCGAUGGAAGAAAUUACUUAUUGGCUUUCCCCAGGAAAGUUAGAAAUAAGGUGUACAGCAGGUUCACGGCGCUGGCGACCGGCAUGGCGGACAGCGCGGCGGGCUCGGUGGCGGGACAGAAGCGCGGCGUGCCCGUCGAGCAGCCCGCCGGCCUAUUCGCCUCGCUCAUCGGAGACACCUCCGUCACGCAACGGUGGCUGAGAGGAGAAAUAUCAAACUUCCAAUAUUUAAUGCAUCUAAAUACUCUCGCUGGGAGAUCGUACAAUGAUCUCAUGCAAUACCCUGUGUUUCCGUGGAUUCUUGCCGACUAUGAUACCUUAGAGCUGGAUCUCAACGACCCGGCGACGUUCCGAGAUCUUACUAAACCAAUGGGAGCACAAAAUCCUGAACGAUUGGAGCAAUUCAGGAAGAGAUAUAAGGAAUGGGACGAUCCUCACGGCGAGACGCCUCCGUAUCACUACGGCACGCACUACUCUUCCGCCAUGAUCGUGUGCUCGUACUUAGUGCGUAUGGAACCGUUCACGCAACACUUCUUGAGACUUCAAGGCGGCCAUUUUGAUUUAGCUGACAGAAUGUUUCAUUCGAUAAAGGAAGCGUGGAACUCAGCUUCUAAACACAAUAUGGCCGACGUGAAAGAAUUGAUUCCAGAAUUCUUUUAUUUACCAGAGUUUUUAGUCAAUUCGAAUAAUUUUGAUCUGGGUUGUAAGCAGUCCGGCGUGGCCUUGGGUGACGUGGUGUUGCCGCCGUGGGCUAAGGGUGAUCCUCGCGAGUUCAUACGUCUGCACCGCGCCGCGCUGGAGUCUGACUACGUUUCUCACAGACUCCACCACUGGAUCGACUUAGUUUUCGGAUACAAACAACAAGGACAACCGGCAGUUGACUCAUCUAACGUAUUCCAUCAUCUGUUUUACGAAGGAAACGUUGAUAUUUACAAUAUUGAUGAUCCCCUUAAAAAGAACGCCACCAUUGGCUUCAUAAAUAACUUUGGACAGAUCCCGAAACAGUUGUUCAAAAAGGCUCAUCCCAGUAAAAAAAUGUCGCAAAGGAGCUCCACGAUAUUAGAUCCUAAUAACAUAAUACCAUCUCAAGGUAUCACUCCACCUGAAAAAUUGUUCUUCCAUAAUCUAGAAAACCUGAGGCCUUCUUUACAACCAGUAAAAGAAGUGAAAGGGCCCGUCGGUCAAAUAUUAUAUACAGAUAAAGCGAUCCUAGCAGUAGAACAGAACAAAGUGUUGAUGCCUCCCUCGUACAACAAGUACGUGGCUUGGGGCUUCGCUGAUCAUUCGUUGAGGAUUGGGAACUACGACAACGACAAGGCGGUGUUCGUGUGCGAAUCUGUGGCGCAGUCCUGUGGGGAAAUUGUGGCUUGUGUCUGCCCCUCGGCCAAGACUAUCGUGACCGCCGGCACCAGUACCGUCGUAACGGUGUGGCAGUAUUUGGCUCGCCGGCGUCGGCUGUCGGUCAAGGUGUGUCUUUACGGUCACGAGGAGGCCGUGACGUGUCUGGCGGCCAGCCCCGCCUACAACCUGGUGGUGAGCGGCAGCCGGGACGGGCAGGUCAUCGUCUGGGACGUCGAACGCGGCUCCUUCAUCCGGCAACUGGUGCCCGACAACACGCGCGGCCCGCACCCCCCCGUGUCCGCGCUCGCCAUCGACGACUUAACCGGCGACAUAGCCACGUGUCGCGGCAGCUGGUUGUAUCUGUGGUCCAUCAACGGCACGUUACUGGGCGGCGUGGACACGGCGGGAGGGCGUGAACGGUCGCAUCAGAUUCUGUGCGUCGCUUUCAGCCAGACCCGGGAGUGGGACCCGCUCAACGUCGUCAUCACGGGCUCGUCGGACGGGGUCGUCCGGAUGUGGUCCAUAGACUACAUAGCGGAUACAUCAGAGAGUCAAGCCGAUGAAAGCUUAGACUGCGGCGAUGUUAGUGUUGACCCUGCCUCGAGCUCUGCUGAUGUAGACAAAGGGAAAGAAGAACAAAAAUCAUCGGAACUGGACACCGAGGAGUUGAGAACAGAGAGUGAGAGAACAAUAGACGCUGAUGUGAAGAUUAAUGAUCCUCAGCCCAUAGAAACUGAGGCAGCUAUCAAAAGGGUUGAAGAAUUGGUUAAACAGAUGAGUCUAUCACAAGAAACUGAUGGUCGUUUAGUGAAAUCAGCAUCGGAAAGUUCUCUGUCCGAUGCGUGUGAAACUAGUGCAAAGGAGUCCGCUCGCAGACACGACGAGAAAGACAUUUGCAGUGACAACGAUGAAAGAUUUGAACAAAAGGACGAACAUAUUGUCGAUUCUUGUGAUGAAAUCAAACAGGAUUACGACAAUGAGAAGGAAGUUGAUGAUGACAAAGAAAAUCUGACACACCGAUGUAAGCUUCAGAAGCAAGGAAACGUAAUACUGAGGCGGAAGUCAAAGGCGAAUCCGUUGUACAGGAAAAGUGGAGGGAGCAUCGGCGAAUCAAGCGAGUCCAGUUCGAUGGAGGUGGCGGGCGCGUCUGGGGAGGGGCGGGAAGAAGGCGGCCUGCGCACCAGCAAGUCCGACACCAGCCUCACGGACUCCUUCGUAGUGCUCUCCGCGCCGCCCUCGCCCUCCCCCGCCCACAAGCCGGCCGCCAGACCAGCGCCCGAUAUCGAAGGCGAGUGCAACGUGAAGUGGGUCCGGCGCGUGGUGCUGCGCGGCAAGCUCACCAUGCACACGGCGUACGAGCGCCGCGACAACGUGAGCCCCGCCGCCGUCACCGCCGCCGCCGCGCCGCGCUCCGGCCGCGGGCUCGCCGUGGGGGACGCGCGCGGACGGAUAUUCCGUUGGUCUGCGCCGGACAUGUCUUCAGCUUCGGGAGCAAAAGGGGGACCUGCUGAUCAUUGGGUUAGAGACGACACUGCUCCUUAUUGCACGCAAUGUCAAGUACGUUUCACGGCGCUGGAGCGGCGGCACCACUGUCGCGAGUGCGGCGCCGUGUUCUGCGGGCGCUGCUCGCGGUACGAGGCGCCCGUGCGGCGCCUGCGCGCGCUGCGACCCGUGCGCGUCUGCCAGCGGUGCCACGACAACAUACACGGGAAGAAAGAAUAACAUCACGACACCCGCCUGUCCUACUCCUUCGGUUCGUUCGCUAGGAACGCUUACGUCGAGAGGAUUUUGCAUAGGCUUUCCGCAUCCGAUGAUAAUUGACUGUUCGAGUGGUGACCGUCUCGGUGUUAACAUGUAAAUCGAGUUUCUAGAAUGACGUAAAAUAACAAUGGCGAUCCGUACACGAAGGAACCAGUCACGAUCUGGUUCGGUACCUAGUUCAAGAUCCGCUAAUUCAACUAAUAUUCAAUGAAUUUGGCAGCGUACGUAUCUGAGUUGCUAAUGUAUGGUAACUGCAUAAUAUAAUUAAAAACUAAUUCCGUCAGUCUAGUGGAACGGUUUAGACGACGGGCCUAAUGCGUAAAAAAGAUUAUUGUUAAAGCUUCCUGCGUUUUCUAUGUAACAUGAAUAUCUGAAAUUAUAAAAAAAAAAUGAAGCAAUGUAUACAUACAUCCUUCAUUGUUCGUUCAAUGUAGAAAAUGAUUAAUCGUGUCUAGUCAAUGUUGAAAAAUGAGUACGAGUAUUUGUCGUCCUCCUUUCACUUUUCUCGUUCAUUUUAUUUUUUGUUAUGUAUCGCAUAUCACACGUCAAAAUAUAUAAAAAGCUUAAAUAUAUAUAUAAAAAGAUGAAUUUUAAUCGACUAUUGUUUUAGUCCGCUUACAAUUCGUAAUUUUGCUAACUUUGGCAUGGAGGCAUGGAUAAAUUUAAAUAACAAUGGAAAUCAAUAAUUGAAACCACAAUUGCACAGGCUGCAUAAUUAUGAACAGUUUUUUUACUAGUCCGUCGAAUUGCUCAUUUUGAACCCAAAACUUGCCUUUACAUUAGUCACGUGGGUUUUUUAUCGAUAUUAAAGGAAAAUUGGCAAUAAUUUUUUUCUCAAAGGCGUGAUUCUCAGCUUAUUAGAUUCUCAUUUAUUCUGCCCCUUUUUAAACCGAUUGAUAUUAUAAUAUAAUUUAUAACAAUCGAACCAAAAUAGGAGUCGUACAUAUUUGUAUGAAAUAUUGUCUUAGGCGCGCUUUAGAUGUAUUGUAAUGAAGGUAUAUUUAAUAUAAUUGUGUUAUAGUAAGUCAGUAUUAUAAUGUUUAAGAGAAUCAAAUACAAAUUAUAUUAUUAUAUUUGCUUAAUACUAUCACGAUCUCAGUGAAUUUUUAUAAAAUGUUAUUAAAUUGUAUUAUUUUUGAAGAAUAAAUAAAAUUGUGAUAUAAUUUUAGUUCAAACGUAUUUCUAUACCAUGAAUUAUUUUCCUAUUAAGUUCGAUGGGUGAAUUUAAUUAUGAUUGAUUGCUAGUCCUACUUUAUAUUAAGAAAUUGUAAUGCAAAAAAAAACCUAUGCAACUUUUAUUGUUCUGUGAAUACAGGCCUUUUCGGUUCAAUAGAUCCUAUCAAUUCAAAACACCAUAUUUGCAUUUAGAAUCAACAUUCCCUGAAAGAUAUUUUUUACACUUUGCUGUAAUGUCGUUUUAUUGGUUUUUUACUACAUAUACAUUUCACUCCGAUUUUACGUUAAACAUAUAAUAUUUAUUAUAUCCCUCGAUGUGCGGCUUUUCGUUGUUUCUGUAGUAAAUUAAUCAAUAAAAAAUAAUCGAUUAUAAAAUGUUUCAAAGAUUAAAGUCGUAAUUUUUUAAUACAUUAUAAAGAAACUUUUAUGCAAAAUUUUCUAUAUUUGUAAACAUCGCAUAGGAACUUGAAUAUUUAUUGAUGUAACAAAGUAGAAUUUAGAAAGUUGCUUAUAAUUAUUGUUUAAUGUGGAUAUAAAUAAGGAAAAGUGGAUUAUAAAAUUAUAUAAUAAUAAUAUGUAAGUCGAAUGUUUCUUAGUCACCCAGCAUUAGUGUAUAGAUGAAUUAUUUACAGACAAUAUAAUGUUGUUUAGGUAGUUUGUAGGCACUGAAAUUUUAUGCCGUUGACUAAUGUAUUCUUGAUAUGUACCUAUAACAAUAAAUAUAUUGGUGCAGAUAAA